AUGAUCCGGUUCCUCUCAAAUGUCAAUGGCUUCAGGAAAAGGGCAAAGAGUUGUCCACUUCGGAGGCUCGUAAUCGCUUUGUUUGCCUUAAUUGGCGUAUCAGUGGCCCAAUACGGCUAUGAUCUGUACGGCUAUAACAUAUACCCGGCUAAUGGUUACGGCUAUAACCAGUUGUACAGUGGAAUCCAACAGUACGGCCGGGAGUAUACGGUUCCCAGAUAUCCCAUUAAUGGUUACUUUCAUCCCUACGCCUAUACUUAUGACUACCUGAAGAAGAAAUAGGUGUCAAACGCCGACUGAUCUCUCC